AUGAGAGGGAGAGGGAGAGGGAGAGGGAGGCGUGGAGUGUUUGCUAGAAGUAGAACAAUCAAUCGAUCUCUCCCUCGCAAAUUGGCUGACGUUUGUCAAAUUCAUUUCAUUCAGUUUCCGAACAUACAUACCCUAACUCACUCACACUGCUCUGCUCAGCAGCGAUGGCGGCUGAGGGCAGCGAUCCGACGCGUAUAAUGGUGGCGGUGAACGAAUCAACCAUCAAGGGCUAUCCGCACCCCUCCAUAAGUAGUAAAGGAGCCUUCGAUUGGACGCUCAAGAAAAUCGUUCGCUCUAACACUGCUGGUUUCAAGCUUAUUUUUCUUCAUGUGCAAGUGCCCGAUGAAGAUGGCUUUGAUGACAUGGAUAGCAUUUAUGCUUCGCCUGAAGAUUUCAAGAAUAUUAAACAUAGAGACAGGAUACGGGGCCUGCAUCUAUUGGAGUACUUUGUGAACAAGUGCCACGAACUUGGGGUUGACUGCCAAGCAUGGAUUAAGAAAGGUGAUCCGAAAGAAAUCAUCUGCCAUGAAAUAAAGCGGGUCCAGCCGGAUUUUCUGGUUGUUGGAAGCAGGGGCCUUGGCCCUUUCCAGAAGGUUUUUGUUGGGACUGUGAGUGAGUUCUGCACUAAACAUGCAGAGUGCCCCGUGAUCGCUAUCAAGCGCAGCACUGAUCAGAUGCCUCAAGACCCUGUCGACGACUGAACACCUUCUUCAAUCUCUGUGUUUCACUCUUUGUCAUUUGUGAUGGUAUUUAUUUUUAUGCGAGUUCGUGAAGAUUGGAUAUAGUUGUGCGGUGCCUAAAUUGGAUGUUGUAAUCUUUACUACAUAAUUAGCUAUUUAUUUGGUACAGUGUGCUUGUCCUUGUCCCCCUUGGAAAUGUUGGUUGUGGCCUGUUGGGUUCAUACCUACUUGCUUGACCACCCUGUGUACGUAUUUGGUGAAUAAUACCCCCUCUUGUGUUUA